UACCAAGAAAAAAAAAAAAGUUUGAGGAAUCGUAUCAUGAGUUGAUUAUACAAUUUUGGGUUUUUUAGGAUGAGGGUAUUUGUGCAAAGUGACAGGAAACAACUCUCUCGUCAUUCCAGCGAAGAAACCAAAAAGCAGUGGGGCUCAUAGGUUUUCUUUCUCCUGUGUGUUUCACUGCUACAGUAAUCAAUAGAAACAUCCCUUAUUUGUCCCUCACAUAUUUCUCUAUUUCCUAAAUCAUCUGUUCCAAACAGACCGAAACUUUAAGGUUGUUUGUCAGCUGUGUUGGAAACGACCAAAACCUCAAUUCUCUCAUCUUUUGAAUUUGAUCAUCCUCAUCGAAUUUACAAAUCGAAAUCGAUGGGGAAUAUAUUCGUGAAGAAACCUAAGGUAACCGACGUAGAUCGUGCAAUUCUAGCACUCAAGACCCAGAGACGCAAACUUGCUCAGUAUCAACAAAAGCUUGAUGCUGUUAUUGAAGCAGAAAAGCAAGCUGCACGAGACUUGAUUCGUGAAAAGAAGAAAGACAGGGCAUUGUUGGCGUUAAAGAAGAAAAAGACACAAGAAGAAUUGUUGAAGCAAGUUGACACAUGGCUUAUAAAUGUUGAGCAACAAUUAGCAGAUAUUGAACUGACAAGCAAGCAGAAGGCUGUCUUUGAAAGUUUAAAGGCUGGUAGUAAAGCAAUUGAGGCCAUACAAAGUGAGAUAAACAUUGAAGAUGUUCAGAAACUUAUGGAUGACACCGCUGAAGCAAAAGCUUAUCAAGAUGAAAUUAAUGCAAUACUUGGGGAGCAAUUAUCAGCAGAAGAUGAAGAGGAGAUUUUAGCAGAGUUUGAGAACUUGGAAACCCAGUUUGCAGUGGAAGAUCUUCCUGAAGCUCCUAGCACAGUUCCUGACAAGGUUGACGAAAAGUUGGACCUUCCUGAUGUUCCAACCAAGGCACCAGUUACCACUACGAGUGAUGCUGAAGUAUCUAUAAAAAGAAAAGUUAUGGAGGAACCAUUGGCAGCCUGAAGAACAUUGUGACUGAAACACAGUUAACUGCUUUGCAAACCAAAGUGUAGCAUCUGGUCUUCUUGUCUGCUUGUACCACUAUCGAUUCUGUUGCCUCAUGCAGUUACUGGAGUUUUGAAUGGUUUUAGUAUUUGCAAUGACAUUUAAUUUGUACAGAUGUGCAUAUAUGAUAAACUUUCCAUUUCUAUUUGAUAA